GCAUUGUAGUGGAGAUGGCAUGUCUGUCUCUGCUGCAGUGGUGCUUCCCUGGCCCCCAUGGACUGCCCUGAGCAGACAGACAGAGGAUCUAGUUGUACAGCAGCAAUGCCAGAGGCUGUGGACCUGCAUUCAGACGUGGGCACUGUGUGUACCCAGCUCUCAGUGUGCCUGCUGCUGCUGCUGCUGCUGUGCUUUCACCUUGCAUAUCUAUUCUAGCAGAGCCUGAGCUGCCUGAUGAUUCUCCUGAUCUGCACAGGACUCGCAGGCAGCAGCUGUCUCCAUGGCUGGUCAUGAGCUGCAGAAAGGCAAUGCAUCCCUUCUCCCCACUGACAUCAGCCCGGGUUCGGUGGCUAAGCUGGCAUCCCUGGGCAUCAUUGCCUGUGUUAGCUUGCUGGGCAAUCUCCUGUUUGCAUUCAUCACCCUGAGAGACAAGAGCCUGCAUAGGACUCCCUAUUACCUGAUGCUGGAUCUGUGUGUCGGAGAUUUCAUCCGCUCUUUGCUUUGUUUCCCUCUGGUGCUGAAAUCCAUCAGCAGCGGAUCCCAAUGGACCUACAGCAAGAGGAGCUGCAGGAUCAUGGCCUUCGGAGCUGUCUUGCUUUGCUUCCAUGCUGCUUUUAUGCUGCUGUCCAUCAGCUUGACCAGGUACAUGGCCAUAGCCCACCAUAGGUUCUUCUGCAAGAGGAUGACAGGCUGGGCAUGCAUUCUGAUCAUUGCUAUGGCAUGGAUCCUGUCCAUGGCUAUGGCCCUACCACCUGUCUUUGAGGUGGGCACCUACAAGUUUAUUAGGGAAGAAGAUCAAUGCACUUUUGAGCAUCGAUAUGUCAAGGCCAAUGACAGCCUGGGCUUUCUUCUAAUGCUGGCCUUCAUUGUGGGGGCCACACACUUUAUCUAUAUGAAGCUGCUGUUCUUUAUAUAUGAUCACAGGAAGAUGAAGCCAGCUCAGUUGACUCCAGCCAUCAGCCAAAACUGGAGCUUUCAUGGACCUGGGGCAGCUGGGCAAGCAGCUGCCAACUGGAUAGCAGGAUUUGGAAGAGGCCCAACACCACCCACUUUGGUGGGCAUGAGGCAGACCACUCAGACCCAGAUCAGGAGGCUUCUGGUGCUGGAGGAAUUCAAGCUGGAGAAGAGGCUCAGCAAGAUGUUCUAUGUCAUCACCUUCCUAUUUCUUCUCUUCUGGGCCCCUUACCUUGUGGCCUGCUAUCUUAGGGUCUUUAUGAGGUCUGCUGCCCUCCCUCAGGGGUAUCUGACUGUGGCAGUGUGGUUAACAUUUGCUCAGGCUGGAGUGAACCCCAUUGUCUGCUUCAUGCUGAACAAAGAAAUCAGGUUGUCUUUGAGAUCUUAUUUACCUUGCAGGGAUACUCAGACACAAAGGGAACCUUAUAUUGACACAUAACAUCUUAUUAUACCCCUGAAAGAAGCAAGAUUUAACCAGGAGGGCAAUUCUUUUUUAUUAUGCCAGUGGUGGUUUGGGGUAGAUAAUAGCACCCACUACCCAAACAUGUUUCAUUUGUGAUUUAUUGGAUGGCAUGAUGGUGUGUUGCCUAUGUGCAUUAUUGAGGGCUGGUGGCCAUGAUACUAGACAGUCAUUUAUUAAGACAAUGUGGCUAUUGCAGUGCAGCAGGUGAAUGGGCUGUCAAUCAUUGCUUUCCUAAAGGGAAUCUCAUUAUUAUGAUGGGGGUUACAGGUUGCAGCGACACUACAGGGUAUAAGGAAGAAGACUGGAUACAUUCUGGGUAACCAUGGAAACAUUAUACAUUUACUGCAUUCACCAUUAAAUGUUAAUAGCUUUGGCAUCCUGGUGGGGGUGAGGUAAAGGCAUGAGCUGUAAUCCUUGUUUUCCUUAUUCAGAAAACAAGGAAACUAAAAAACUAAAAUUGUCUGUUUUUUGCCCUAGCAACACUGUUCAGCUUUCAUUUUAGCAGCGCUAGUAAAGAUAUGAAACCUGAGCUCUGAUUGGUUGUUAUGGGGAAACAGGACAAUUUUUAUCCCCCCCCCCCCCUUCGUUAGUCCUUUUAGCCUUACACUCUUAGGGGGUCCCGAUUGGAUUUUAGUAGAGCAAAACUCUCUCUCUCUUUCUCUCUCUCUCUCUCUCUCUCUCUCUCUCUCCCUCUCUCUCUCUCUCUCUCUCUCUCUCUUAUGUCUAACUAUUGCAUGCCUAUCUAUCAGUCUGUCUGUCUCUCUAUCUCAUAUCUAGAAUGUCUAUCUUAUCUACCCAUUAUAUCUAGCUAUUGCAUUUUUUUCUAGCUAUCUAUCUUAUAUAUACUUAUCCAUGCAUAUCAUUAUACUGGGGGGGGGGGGGGGGGGGUAUAAGAAUGGGACACAUUUACUAAUACUGGUAUACACUUGCAUGUACAGUUUAGUGUAUACAGUAAAUUUACUAACAAGCCUAUUGUGGCAUAUGGCCCACUAUACACCAGAUUGUACCUCACUUAGCUCACCACGAAAAUUUAGAACUGAAAAUGUAAAAUAUAUAUAUAUUUUUUAAUUACACUUAAAAAUGUCAUGGGUGUUUGAAAAAUGACGCUGACACAGUGUAUUGUUGGCCUGUAGGAACCCUGUGCCCUGUAAUAUGCUGCUUGCCACAUUGGCUAAAAUUGGUAAGCACAAGGCAUACACAAGAACCUCUGUUAUUCCUUAAAAAUUCCCUAUGCUGUGCUACAUAAGCAAAGUAAAAAUGUUUUAGAGUGUUUGUUUAAACUGUUGCCUCCCCCUCCCCAAUUCUUUAGACUGUAGCUCGACUUUUUCUUAGAUUGGAUGCUGUGUAGUGCACAAGCCCAUCACUUAGGCCCUGUUCACACUAUAAAAUUCAUCCGUUUUAAAGAUCCGUUUAAUGUUCCGUUAUGAAAACCCUUAAAAUCGUUCGUUAAACAGACGUUACAAAAUCCCAUAUGGCCGUUACAAAAUCUCAUUAUAUUCUAUGGGAUUUUUACAUUUUCCGUUUUAACACGUCAUAGCCC